AUGAACUCCGGUACCAUUUCUUUGAAGCUCGGGAACAUCCCAGCUGGCAGCAGUACUACGUACUCACCGGUGUCCGCUUCCAGCCCCGUCAAGCUAGCGAGCGUCCCAAUCAUAGAAUGCGCGACGACCAUCCACAAGCUUGCGGGCGAUGCACGUAGCUUACACAAAGCUCUUGAUGAGACUCAGCGACGCAUUCUCCGGGUGCCUGCUCCUCUCAUGCCUUCCGAAUUGGUGCUCGAAUGGCGCAAAGUCUCCGAGGCGUAUGGUGCUAUACUACAUGCCUCCGAUGUGUGCGCGACGAACCUCGCGGCAACUAUGAACACCCACAUUUCUUUACAGGGAGAGAUUGUCGACGAGGACGCAGAGGAUAUGAUUGAAGAGCUCUCCGCGCUGCAAAAAGAUGUUAAAACCGCUCCAACACACAUGAGCACUUCCUGCGCAGACCUCAAGCGACACGUCGAAGCCUUUUUACGUAGUGUCAACUCCACAGCACCCAGCAGGGCUCCUGGUGCCGCGUCCUCCACCGCUGCAUCCGCCUCCACAUCUUCAUUCCCCCACUCUGGGAGUGUUCACUCGGGAAGGGCGCAUGACGAGACCUCCGGGGCACCGCUAGGCCCCGUCUACACUAACGACGUCAGUAGCAGGGCGUGGUCACGAGUCAACAACGCGCUCGCUGCGCUGUGGCAGUUAGAUGAACACAAGAACGGGUCGCAGAGCGUCCCGGGUGCGCGCAGUGCAGCAGCCCCUGAGACGCCCUCUCGCGCCGUAGAUGAGGCGUUGGUCGGGGCGAUCAAGGGCAUAAUUGCAGGUCUCGACCAGCAGAUCCAGCAAUUCAAGGCCUUCACCGAUGUGGCAAAGCAUCUGGAGAACGAGAUCAAUGCAUACCAUUCCGCUUUCCUAGCAUUCAAGAUGUACCCUACCUCUCAUGCUCGGGUCUUCGAGGUGGACUUGUUUAUUCGCGCGCAGUAUGGUCGGCCUGAGGCAUGUUGGGAAUGCACUUUUGUGUUCGAGUUCUUUGGACUGGAGACCUGA